ACUCGAUCUGCUUUAAGGGUUACGGGUGCAUUCUGGAACAAUAAUUUGUACAGUUUUCUUUUGUAUAGCAAUUAAUUUUCAUCACUUGACAUACUACUGUUCUAUGCCAACGAUGCAGUGAAGUUUGUUAAUCAACAAGAAUUCUAACCUACAAAAACAGUGUAUAUGAAAGCCUCAGUUUAAUUGACAAACUUGUACGAGACUGUGAAAAAGUUUUGCGUACAGAGUCACGUUUUAAUCAUGCAGGCGCACCGUGUAUAGUGAUUAAGAGCUGAUUAUGAUAACAGAACGAAAGAGAGAGAGAGAGAGAAAGGAAGAUAAAAAUGAAAUGGAUGUACCUUGACUUUCUCGGAGAAGCGUCAUCGAGUGUUUUACAUCUCGGAGUCAUUUAGUUAUUAGCCCUACGUGUAAUUAGUUACCGAUAAUUAGGUCGAUGUUGACGCUUUGUGAGUGGUGUGCUGGCAUUUAACGAAAUUCUACAUACGUGUACACACAUGGCAUCUAUUGAAUAUAUACGGUAUAUUUACACAUGUAUUAUUAUCCCUGAAGGUAAUCCGAUAGGGAAAGAACGGGAUUUAUAAGGGACGAGCUGAAAAAUUGUUAAUUCGUUUUAACUUGUCCUGUUCUCUCCUACAGUUCUUCACCUUGCUACUCUUUUAUCUUCGGAACGGUUUCACGGGUCAUCGAUAUAUUAUCGAUUUAAAAUUCGAUAAUGCGAUUAACGUAGUCGUAAUUGUGUCGUGAGCGAUUAUCAUUCUUUAUCGAAUUCAAAUUUUACCUUUUCACGCUUACGGUUGAUUUCAAUUAUCAAGAUACUUUUUUAUGCUAAAAUCUUGACGAUCAUAACGCGAGUAUAUUAUUAUUAAGUGAUUAACUCGUUAAUUAAAAGCGGAUGAUACAACGAGUGUCAAAAGUGUGUGUUGACGAUCAUAGCCAACGGACAUGGCAGAAUGUAGCGUACGUUAAAAUGCCAAGACGUAGAAUCGACAGGGUUGAAUUAAAGUAAAAGCUGUUUUUGCUUGUUCGAGAGAAAGCAAAUACUGGAGACGAAGUAGUAUAAUCGAAUUAUUAUAAGAAAUUGUCGUUGUCGUAAUUGGGCAUUGGCACGGGAUUAGCCAUUGUUUUCCGUAAAAGCCGUGCGCAUACGCAGUCGUGUUAUUGCUUCGUGAGGAAAACUUUAAAUUGUCUCCAGUGAAGUCUUUGUAUAAUAAAAAUUUUAAAAUACCAAGGAAACAUUACAGGAGUGUAACAAAUACGAAAUUACAAAGAAGCGAAGAAAAAGUAAAAAGCUUAUGCUCGAUAUGGGUAUCAUACGGCAAGUCAACAGUGGUAUGUAUUCGUUGCUACCAUUGGGUCUACGGGUUCUUCAAAAACUGGAGGCACUGGUUGAUAGUGAAAUGACUAAAGCUGGAGCGCAGAAGAUGUUACUUCCUAUUUUAACAUCAGCAACACUUUGGAACAGAUCAGGAAGAUUAAAAACUAUUGGUUCAGAAUUGUUUACAGUUGAAGACAGACAUAAGAAACUAUAUGUUUUGAAUCCUACAUAUGAAGAAGCAAUAUGCGAACUAUUAGCUGGCAUAAUUCCUAUAACGUCCAAGGAUUUGCCUUUGAAGCUCUAUCAAAUCUCCAGAAAAUGGAGAGAUGAAAUGAAACCACGUCUUGGUCUACUACGUGGUCGAGAAUUUGUUAUGAAGGAUUUAUAUACAUUUGAUACAAAUUUAGAAAAUGCUCAAAACACAUAUAAUAAAAUUUGUGAGAGUUAUGACAGUCUGUUCAAGCAAAUUGGUGUUGACUAUGUGAAAGUAAUCGGUGCUGCGGGAAUAAUAGGUGGGAGUUUAUCUCAUGAAUACCAUUAUUUAUCAGAUAUUGGGGAAGAUACCGUUCUUCUCUGUCAAUCGUGUGGAUAUUCUGUUAAUUCUGAGGUAUUGAAUCUAUCAUCUUGCUUAAAAUGCAACAAUAAUUUAUCUUCACACUCUGCUAUCGAGGUAGGCCAUACGUUUCUCUUAGAUACAAAAUACUCAAAACCAUUGAACGCAACAUUUCUGGAUGGACCAAAACCAAAACCGUUAGUAAUGGGUUGUUUUGGUCUUGGAUUAACACGCAUAAUAGCAGCUGUGGUAGAAAUUUUAUCUACCAACGAAGUUCUUCGUUGGCCUAAUAAUUUAGCACCGUUCAACGUUUGCAUUUUAACACCAAAGAAAGGUAGUAAAGAAGAAAUUGCAGCACCAUACGCAGAACAAAUAUUCGGCAUCUUAAAUGAAUUAAACGUUGAUACUAUCAUUGACGAUAGAAUUCAUCUGACUAUCGGUCGUCGAAUGUUUGAUGCAAAUCGGACUGGUUAUCCAUUCAUAAUAGUAAUUGGUAAAACAGCUUCAAACCAAAAUCCGAUGUUUGAAAUUCACGACGUGAAAAAUUCUACUCGGAUUGACACAAAUAUUGAAGGAAUAAUAAAUUACUUUAAUAAUCAAGAUAUUAAUAGAGAGAUAAAACAAAACGAGGCGGUAGUUUAAAGUAAUUUAGACCAAGAAACAUUAUACAGGAACUUAAAUGUAGCAUAGUGCAAAUUUGUACAUAAUAAAUGAGAAAUAUGCAAUAACUUUCA